GAUGAUGUUUGCAAAUGUAGAUGGACAAGAGUUGGAUCCAACUUCCUAGGAUUGAUCCGCACUAUGCAAAAGGGAUUAAAGAUUUUAUUGAGGUGGCUAAGGCCUAUGUAGAUGACAAGAAUAGGACUAGGUGCCCAUGUUCUAAAUGCAAAAACAUACCACAUAGAACAUUACCUGAGGUUAAAGGACACUUGUGUCAAAAUGGGAUGGACAAAAUGUAUACUCGCUGGGAAUGGCAUGGAGAGGGGUAUGAUAUGGCUAAUAAUAAUAGUUCAGAGGAAGAGGUUGAAGAAGAGGAAGAUGGUGAUGAGGUAAAUGAGUUGUUGGAAGACAUUUGCAUGGGACCUUUUGUGCAAAUAGAAAUGACAGAUGUUCAGCAAGGGUUGGAUGAUGCUUUGCCAAAUUCUAACAUGGGAUAUGAUAGGUUUCAAGAUUUAUUACAGGAUGCACAACGUGAGUUAUAUCCAGGAUGUGAAAAAUUUUCAAAAUUAUCGUUCGUUCUAAAGUUAUACAAUAUGAAAGUAACUCAGAAACUGAGCAACAAAUAUUUCACUAUGAUGCUAAAGUUGCUUAAUGAAGCAAUGCCCAAAGGUGUUGAGCUUCCAAAGUCACAUUAUGAGGCAAAGAACAUGUUGCGUGAAUUAAGUUUUGGGUAUGAAGUGAUACAUGCUUGCAUAAAUGAUUGUAUUUUAUAUUUGAAAGAAUAUGAAAAUAAUGAGUUAUGCCCUCGGUGGGGUGAGUCUAGAUACAAAUCUUGUGAAGGCAAGGGUAAAAAAAUACCACAAAAGAUUCUUAGAUACUUUCCUUUGAAGAGCAGGCUUCAGAGGUUGUUUAUGUCAAGAAAAAUAUCUUCAGAUAUGAGGUGGCACAAAGAGAAACGUGUUAAGGAGACUAAUAUAUUCAGACAUCCCGCAGAUUCUAUGACUUGGGAGGAAUUUGAUAUAAGACAUCCUUGGUUUUCAGCGGAACCUCGUAAUGUUAGACUUGGUCUAGCAAGUGACGGAUUCAAUCCAUUUAGCAACAUGAGUAAUUCAUAUAGCAUGUGGCCAGUAAUGGUUUUUCCAUACAACUUGCCACCUUGGAAAUGCAUGAAAGAACCAUAUUUGUUUAUGUCAUUACUUAUUCCUGGACCGAGAUCACCAGGGAAGGAAAUUGAUGUGUACUUGAGACCGUUGAUCGAUGAGUUAAAAGAGUUAUGGGUGGAUGGUGUAAUGACUUAUGAUGCUUCUACUAUGUGUACUUUUAGAUUGCAUGUGGCGUUAUUAUGGACAAUAAAUGAUUUUUCAGCAUAUGGAGAUUUGUCUGGUUGGGUCACAAAGGGGUACAUGGCAUGUCCUGUUUGUAACUUUGAUGCAUCUUCAAUACGUUUGGAGCAUGGGGAAAAAAUUUGUUGGUUUUGCCAUCGUCGUUGGCUGCCACUAGACCAUAAAUGGUGAAAUUUAUACAAACAGUUUGAUGGUAACAAAGAAAGGAGGUCACCACCUAAAGAAUUAACUGGUGAUGAGUUGAUUCAACAGUUGCUUCAAAUUAGGUUCGCCGACUUGGGAAAAGGACCGACCAACAAAAAGAGGAAGCGUACCAAAUCCGAGUUAAAUUGGACUAAGAAAAGCAUAUUUUUUCAAUUGUCAUAUUGGCAAGGCCUCAAACUGAGACAUAAUCUGGAUGUUAUGCACAUAGAAAAAAAUAUAUGUGAUAAUAUAUUAGGGAUAUUAAUGAACAUUGAAGGAAAGACAAAAGACACAAUGAAAUCUCGUUUGGAUUUGCAAUUAAUGGGUAUAAGAAAAGAGUUGCAUCUUACUCCUAGUGGCAAUAAGUUUCUUAUGCCCCUGGCAUGUUAUACAUUAUCUACUGAUAAGAAAAAGAACAUAUGUGAAUGGUUGAAGGCAGUAUAGUUGCCAGAUGGGUAUGGUUCCAAUAUAUCUCGGUGUAUUAAUAAAAAUAAUCGUACUAUAUCAGGUUUGAAAAGUCAUGAUUGUCACGUACUUCUCCAGCGUCUUCUUCCGGUUGCUAUUCGUGGACACAUGUCCGAUAAUGUAUGUAAUGCAUUGGUUGAACUUGGAUUAUUUUUUAAAGAGUUGUGUUGUAAGACGUUGAAACUAGAAGUCUUAGAGGCACUUGAAAAAAAUAUUGUAUCCAUACUUUGCAAGCUUGUGAUGAUCUUCCCACCUUCAUUUUUUGAUGUGAUGGUUCAUCUAGCUGUUCAUUUACCCCGUGAGGCGAUUAUUGCUGGACCAACACAAUAUCGAUGGAUGUACCCCAUUGAAAGAUUUCUACGAACUUUGAAACAAUAUGUUCGCAACAAAGCACGACCUGAAGGUUCAAUUGUCGAAGCUUAUGUUGAUAGUGAGUGUGUUGCAUUUUAUUCAUUGUACCUUCGAGGGGUGGAGACAUGUUUCAAUCGAGAGGAAAGGAAUUUUGACAAAGGGCAAACCCAGAAGUCAACAAGUUUUUCUAUAUUCACGCAGAAUGUUCGCCCCUUAGGGUAUGGAAAUUAUGAAAUAAUGGAUUCUGCAAAUCUCGAAAAGGCGCACUUUUAUGUGCUUAACAAUUGUCCAGAAGUGGAGCCAUUCUUAGGAAAACACAUGGAAGAACUAAAGAGACAAGAUCCUAACAACGUAGUUGUGAGGCAUUCAAAACAAUUUACUAAAUGGUUUGAAGAACAUGUUAAAAGAUUGCGACAAAGUAUGUCGCCUGAUGCUAUUGAUGAUCUUUAUUCUCUAGCUUGUGGGCUUGACUCGAGAGUGAAACGAUAUACAGGUUGUGUUGUGAAUGGGACUAGGUUCCAUACUAAAGAGAGGGAGAAGAACAGGAAAACACAAAAUAAUGGCGUGAUGGUCAAAGGUGAAAAUAUUGAUUUUUAUGGUUGUUUAACAGACAUCAUUGAGGUGUCUUAUGACACGGAAAGACGUGUAGUUCUAUUCAGGUGUGAUUGGUGCAAUACAAGAAGUGGAAUUCAAAAAGAUAAAUAUUUCACUAGUGUCAAUCUCUCCCGUCAAGCAUAUAAGGAUGAGCCGUUCGUGUUAGCUCAUCAAGCCAAACAGGUUUUAUACCUCAAGGACAACAAAUUAAGGGGUGAAUGGGAAGUUGUGCAGCAGAUUGAUCCUAGGAACUUAUACGAUGUCCGAGAAAAAGAUGAUAAAACAAAUGGGUCAAAUGAAGGGGAAAGUAGUGAGGAGGUUGCAUAUCAAGAUUUUGAGUCACUAGAAGUUAAUGGUGUUGUUCGAGACAUAGAUUUUGACUCGGUGACAUUAACUAAUGAUGAUAUGGUUUCAAAUGAAAUUGAUUCCGAUGCAGUUCAUAAUAUCAUAAAUAAUGCACAUGGCAAUGAUGAUGUAGAGAACGUUACCCUUGAUUAUGAAACUUCUGAUGAAGAAGAUGCAUCCAAUGAUGAUUCCUUGGAUGAAGAAGAUAUUGUGUUUAGUGAUGAUGAUACCGAUAUAGAAUAGUUUGUUGUUUAAAAGUUAAAAAUCUUACUUUACUAAUAUAUUAAGAAUUUUUAUGUUAAGAUGUGCUCAUUUGUAGUUAUGUGUUAUUUUGAAAUGCUUACAUUCCAAAUAUGACUUGUUUUUUUAGCUUAUAAUCUGUUUGAUUUCAUUUUUAAAUUGCAUUAAUAAUAUGUUUAGUUAUAUAGAAUUGAUAUUUUCAUAAAUUUCCUUCAUCAAAGUGUAUUACUAUUGCAUUUAAAGGAAGUGAUGUUCUUCAAGAGAGGUAGUUUAGUUCUACCAUUUCUAUAUUGUUGUAUUUUGUUCCAGUGUAUACAUGGCUCCUACUAGUCGUAAGAGAGUAAUGGCUAACACUACUGAUAUCAACAAUGAUGAGUUACAGUCCAUGCCGGAUGAUGGUCAAUGUUCUGCCACUUCCGUUAAAAGGCGUGGACCCUCAACAAACAAGGCAUUGGAGGAUGUGUUGGAUAAAAAUAAGAGGCAGCCAUUAGAAGUUACAUUUAAAGAAGGACAUUUGCAGCCUGUAG